GAGGGACCAGUGGCCAUGGAGAGUGGAUUGGGCCAUAUGCCUGACCUUGUGACAGAGGCAUCCACUCUUGUUACUAUUCACAAUGUUGAUGAUGUCAUGGACGAUGAACAUGUGAGUGGAGACCCUAUGCUGGGAGGUGAUCCCAUGCUAUCUUCAUUUGUGCCCAGCCCCAGUGAUGCCCCCCAAGCACUGGAUGAUGACUGUAUAGAUGAUGAUUCCUUGGUUGGUGACAUCGACAUGGUACUCAUGCCAAACCAUCCUACUACAUAGUGCACACAGAGACAGUGCCAAAGUUCUGGUGCUUUGUUCUAUCUCAAGGUUCUGUUGCUGUGCUAAUGUUGGGCAAUGACAGAAAAAUGUGUAGUGCUUCCAACAGAAGGAAUUGGAAUUUUCAUCAUUUAUACUUCUUUAACUAGCUUUUCUAUAGAAGUGACUCAUACAAUGAUGAUUUAUCUAUCCUGAUAUGAGAUUUUGCACAUAGUGCAACUGCCAAUGUAAUAUUUGGCAGCAUCUUGUCUUGUAAAAAUUUCCAAGUGAUUGGAAAUUUCAUGGUUUUUACUUCUGUUACUAGCUUUCCUAUGAAAGUGACCUUGUGCAAUGAUGGUAUACCUGAACUGUAAAGUGAGAUUUUGCACAUAGUGCAUUUGCCAAUGGUAAGGUUUGUCAGAAUGUUAUUUUAUAACAGUGUCCAGUUAAGUGCUCUGUUUGAUUAUUGCACCUACCUGCAACUUAGAUUUACACACACAGAUGUCUGCGCAUGCACACACAUACAUACAUACAGAUGACCAUUAGCACAUGCUAAUUGGAAUAUUUCACAUUCUCAGAGUGCAAGAGAAAGGUUGCAGAAGCACCAACAAUUACACUGCAAUCUUGGGGAGGAGCUCUAGAAUAGGAAAGGAAAAUGUUGAUGAUAUUUUGUUUUUAUCAUUUGAAUAGUAGAGGGUACAAUGACUUAACUGAUAUUUGAAUAGUAGGUAAUUAUGUCGUUUCAUGAGAAUUUUUCCAGAACAGUUUUGAUAUAUACCUAGAAGAAAAGAAACUGUCAGAUUCAUACUAAUGUAGGUUUUGAAAUUAUUCUUCUACUUACAUUGUUGGGUUUCAAAUUCUUGUAAAACAGAAGAGUACUUAAAAUAAAAUCAUAUGAGUUUAAGUUAAUUACCUGUAAAGAAAAUUUGAAUUAUUGUAGACAACGAACUGUUAAGCUUUAUUGUGGCUACCACUACAGUUAUUCCCACCAUUAUGAAACUACAAGCCACAUUGUGCUUGGUCCCUCUCUUCUAUAAAGUUCAUGGUAAAUAUUGCUGUAAUUUGUAAUUGAAGAAGGACCAGUAAUUAGGGCUCUUUUACAAGGUGAACUGUGCCUUAGAUAAAUUUUAUUUAGUUGCUGUCAGAAUUCCUUGUUGCUUCUGGGAAUAGUAGGGCCAGAAAAUAAAAGAUACAUAGUAUCAUAUUACUAGGUCCCUCUCUAUCAACUAGGACCUAGAGGGAGCUGAGAUCUGGGAAAGGUGUAAAAUUGAUUUCGUGGGAUGAAAUGGACCCUUAUUUUGGAGAAAACAGCAGAAAUCUACAUUGAUAAUCUGGAGAACAUAUGUAUGCCUGUCACACCAUUCAUUGCCUAAGUGAAGGUAAACCUGAAAUCAGUACUCAGAAAUAUUAUUUAGUGGAAUAUCACAGUGUUAUACAAUUAAUAGCUCAAUUGAAUACAAACUUCAUUCAUUUUCACUGGAUUCUCUACCAAAAAUAUGGGUACCAAAAUGCUGCUUUUAUACAUUUUGAGAGAAUUGAUUAUCUAAUGGGCUGAUUAGGUAGCUUCAAAGCACUGAAUAUAGUCAUGGAAGGUAUUGCCAACUCUGGCUCUGAAGCCAUGAGAAAAGCAGUGUGCAGUUGCAUGAAAUAGAUAAAAUGAAAUAAAUUUUAUAUAUAUGUAUGUAUGUAUAUAUAAUAUAUGUUGACAUGUUAUGUAAAUUUGAGUACCUUAUUACUUUGUUUUAAUGUGUCCUGAGAGUUUUCCUUUCACCAGUUUUAUUUUGAAAUGCUCUUAAAGUCUGCUCAGAGCCUCAUUCAGUUAUCAAGUUACUUCAUAUGCUUCCAAUACUGAAUUUUCCAUUUAAUGGAACACAGCAUCUAUAUGGUAUAUUUUAUGCCUUCUUACUUGUUGAAAAUUAUUCCACAGGUAGAUAGUAUUUUCUUUGUAUAAGACUAGCCUUGGAGAGAGAAUAAUUAGAAUACAAAUAAUUAAAUAUUGAAGCAAGUGCUUUUUGCCUCUCUUUUGUUAGAUCUUAUUUUACUUCUUUUCCUUGGCUGUAAAUUAUUGCAGACUAAGAUAGUUUUGUUUAUCUCUUCCUGUAAUGAUUGCUAUAGGAUGGUAUGUUUAUCAGAGAAAAAUUCUGACUUUAAUUUUAUACUCUGGAUUGACUGAAGGAAACUAUGAUAACUGUACAGAAUGUUACUCUCAGUAAAACUGGCUAAAUGUUAUUUCACAUAUGAGCGUAUUUAUUUUUGUCAUAUAUUGUGAAGCAAAUACCAACUGAUUUUACUUUUUAACAAUAUUCAUGUAUAAUUGUUAUGUUUGUGUCACUGUUGUGAUGUAUUAUGUAUAGAGAGAAAAGAUAUUAUAUAAUAGAAAGCUGUCUCUUUAGACUUUCAAAAUCUUGUAGCACUUGAAAUUCUUGUGGAAUUUUUUUAAACUUUAAAACAAGACCAUUGUUCAAUUUUGAAUGGGAGAAUAUUGUUUUUCUGGAUCACCUAAUACAUUCUCUCAAAUACUUGUGUUUUCACCACACAAACUCGAAGAGCUAGUGUUUUCAUCACAAAAAUUUAAAUAAACUAGAGGACUGAAAACUUAAACACUUUUAGCACUCAGCACUACAAGUGUGUCAGCAUUAGCACUCCAAAACUCUUCUGAAAAUAGUUAACUCAACUGUAUCCCAAGUACAUUGAAUUUGCAUAUGCAACUUUCAAAAGAAAUUGAUAAAAGAAUAAACAAGGAGUUUUCAUGAUUAUGUAAUAUCUCUAAAAUUGAAAUCUUUCUGUAUAGCAAGAUCUAAUUAUUAAGAAGUUGCACAUGUAAUUAUGAUUGUACUGAUAAGAUUUUCAACAAAACAAUCUCCUAAUUUCGUAGGAAAAUGUGUAUCCUAUUUGUAAAUUUGUUUUUCUUUGUAAAGAAUAUUGUUGUUAUUAUUGUUAUUGUUUUUUGUCUAAAGUUUUGCAUUCAUUUCUUUUUCUUCGUUUUGAUCAGCACUGUCAGGAAAGUUGGUUCCUGAAAUAUAGGCGAACUGCACAAAGGAUAAUUACUCUUCCUAUGCAAAGUUUGGCUCACUGGUAUAUGGACAUUCUAAUUCCUUGUUAUCUGUUGAUUUAGGCAUUUUAUGAUAAUGCCAUUAUAAAUAUUAUGAAAAUUGUUACUGAGAUUAUUUUACAAGUUGUUCAUGAACAGUUUAAGACAGUUGAUGAAUAAUACCCAAUGCUUCUGAUUGAAAAGAGCAACUUCAUGAAAAAGAGGUGUUUUGGUUUGAAUGAUAAUCCUUCCUGAUAAUCUUUUCUUUUUUUUUUAAAAACAAAAUAUUCCAUUAUUCCGUGUUAAAACCUACAUCAUUAGAAAUUUUAUAGUUAUUUUUUAUAUGUUUAUUUUAAAAGAUUUAAUCAAUGUUAUUUUGUGCAGAGAUUUCAAAAGUUAUAAAUAUAGAAAUAUAUUUUACAUUAUAAUUAUGAAGUUUGUGAAAAAGUUGAUUAUUCACUUGUUACAUUAGUGAUCAGAAUUGCUGAAGACCCUAUAAGCAUAGUUAAAAGACUGGAAAGAAUUAUGCUUAUUAUAUUCUUUAUGGAAAAUACCAUAUGAAAUUAUGGGUGAACUCUCUUGAUUGAAUUUCAUUAGUGCUUUCUUACAAACAUUGUGGAGUCCAAAGACAGGAACUUUUUGUCUGUUACUUUUCAAGCAACUCGAUUUGAUCUAUUUCUUUAGUACCUACAUUUAUUAAGAAUAUAAGACUGGUGAAGACAGUGAAUUGCUGAUGAAAGAGUGCUGUUUCUUUCCUUUGUGUGUUUGGAGCCAAAAUUUUGUGUGAAUGCCAUUAGUAGCAUCAUCUUGUAGUGUAAGACAAUUCUGUGAUGACUAAAUGGGGCCUGUGUCUCAGGGUUUCUUGUCCGCCUUGAUUUGUGAUGUACUCAUUAUGACUGAAUGGUUCUACUUUAAGAAAAUUUAUACGUAUGUAUGUAUAUACAUUCGUAUAUUAAUUUACAUGUAGUAAUUCAUCAUAAUAAAGGACGGAAG